CAGCGGCCCAGCCAGUGUCCUGGAUAUCUGUGGACCGCCGGACCGCCUCCUCCGGCCCCUGCGGUCGCCAUGUCGCAGACCAACACCUCCCUCCUGGACCAGGUGGUGCAGUGGAACCAGGAAACCUGCCGCCAGCAGCUCAAGGCGGUGCUGCCAGAGCUCACCGCUUUGCACCAGAAGUCUGACAGCUGGAAUGAUCACAUACGGAUACUGAAGAUAAUUACAGACAUGUUCCUCCCUCAUGUCGGUGUAUCAGAGCUGGAGGACGAGUGCUUCUCCAAGAUCUUGCCAAAGGCAGAGGCCGUGUUUCACAGCAUGAUGGCAGAACUCAUGGACCAAGUCGGCGGGCUUUCCAGUCAAAACACUGAACUGUGUGCUUUACUGAGGAACAUUUUACAGGGACUGAUGCAGAUAAUCGAUGCACUGUCCACUUGCGUGCGUCACGUUGGCUCGUUUGAGGACGCCCCUGACCUGGACGCUAUCCGCUCACUGCCGACUUGUAUCCUGAAAGUCCUGAGGGAGACGUUUCAGCACUGCAAGGACAGUGAGGUGGUUUACUGCGGCCGUCUGUCCCUGGUGGCCGACCUGCUGCAGGGGCUCUUCAAGGACGCGUACUCCCUCCAGAAGUCUCUGCUGGAGCUGCUGGAUCGGGUCUCCCUCGACAGCGGCGCCUCAGAGGAGGAGGUCUCUGACGUCGUUGCAGUGAUUCAUAGUCUUCUGGAGAUCUGCUCCGUCAUCUCCGACCUGGACGUAGCAUUGCAUGCAAACACGUGGAAGUUCCUCAUCAAACAGAGCCUCAAGUACCAGUCGCUGGUGGAGGAGCAUCUGCAUCACCAGGACAUCAGCAGCAGCCUGAGGGACAACCUGCUGGCCUCCUUCCACAGCUGUGUGGAGCUGGCUGAGCAGAUUAGACAUGCCGGCCUCCAGGAGUCUAAACAAAGCCCAGAAUACAAGCUGUUCCAGAAAUCUGCAAAGAUGUGCAGGUUUUUUGCCAACACGUUGGUUCAUUACAUAAAGGAAUUCAAGUUUUUCCUGACAAAGUGUUGCAGCAGCUUUCACCAGCUCUACCUCCAGAUCAUCAGUACGUUCCCUCCCAGCUUGUGUGCUCCAGCGCUGCCCACGGCGCUGUCGGAGGAGCUGAAAGCAGCAGCUCUGGUUCCCAUGGAUGCCUUCCUGCUCCAGCUGGUGCCGCUAAGGCCCUUUGCUGAAGUUGUCCUCCAGCAGGAUCUACGGUUACGUCCUGAACACGAGCUUCCUCAGUGUCUCCUGCUGGUGAGCAUCAUGGGACAACUUCCCUGCCAACCAGAGGAGGUGCUGCAGCUUUGGUUCACUGGCAGUGAGUUCUCAGAGGAGACACCCAGGCUUCCCCUCCACCGGGCCAUCUUCACUAGCUUCCGACGAUGCCACACUGAGCGUAAUGUACCGGUGCUGUUGCCAGGGGUGAUGCUGAAGGGUCAAGCCCAGGUCCAGGUCACUCUGCACCAACACAUGUGUGUGCAGCUGUGUGCCAGUGUGGCUGUGCUGCCUCCUGUAUGCCUUCCUGUGCUGGAGCGGUGCUUGGUCGAUGUUGUGCUGCAGGCGGAUACUCAGACGGCUCUGCUGGCAGCAGACGUGUGGUGUUUCACAGCACGGUAUGGGUCAGCAGAACUUUGCCUCCAUCACGUCGUGCUUAUCGCUCAGCUGGUGAAGGUGUGCCCCGCUGAGUGCUACCAGUCGCUGCACCUGGGCUUGCUGCUGAAACGCAUGGUUUUCCUCAUGACGCCAAACCACCAGAUGGAGCUGGUGGCACAGUUCCCACCGUCUGAGUUGGAGAACCUUCGAGUGUGGCACCACGUCCUCCUCAGAGCCCUUUCACAGGAGACCCGACUCCGUGUGCAAACAGAAAUCCUCGACUUAACUCAGAAAGUUCUGACCGACUGGCAGAAUGGAGGACACAAACUGGGACAAGUGGACAGAGUGAACGUGGUGCUGUUGUCCCUCCUGGCGGCGCUUCGAGGGCAGCCGUCUCCUGAAGAACAGUGUGUGUUGCCUGCAGUGAAGAUUGUCACCCAGCUGUGGUCACGAAUGAGUCCAGAUCAGCUGCAGACCCAGCCGGUGCUCCGCUGUACUCUGCAGCUGCUCCUGUCUAUAUCAGCUGCUCUGGUGAAAAACAUCGACCCUCAAGUCAUUUGUCAGGCUCUGCUGUGUCUGGACGCCGUCGUUGCUCAGAAGUGUGCAGAUCCACUGCUGCUGGCUGCUCUGGAGUUCCUCUCCUCUCUGGGGAAGAUCUUUGUCCCUCCUGACAGCCAGAGUCAAAUUCUUCCGAGGCUGAGCAGCCUGUUUGGGGUCCUGUUGGCUGACACAUCCUGGCUGCUACACCAGCACGCCCUGGAGGCCUUUUCCUACUUUGCAGAGAACACCAAUCACGAAGAGGUCAUUUCCCAGAGUUUGUGUUCAGAAGAAACCAAGACCAAAGUGGUCAGUUAUCUUAGCAAGACUGUGAAUGCUGAAGAAGAUGUGGAGUCACGGCUGCAGAGGCUCAAACAGGAGACACUCGUGAUCGAGCAACACAACGAGAAACUGGAGGACAACAAAGACCAUGUUCCCAGUAAACCGGCCGCCGAAGCUGCUGCAGACUCUGAGCCGUGCCCGAAGAAAGCUCGGCAGGAGACCAGUGCAGAGGAGGAGUACCGCCGCUACAUGCAGGCAGCUGAGAGUGCUUUAAAAGCCCUCCAGGCUCUCACGGAGGGUAAAGCCGACACCACUGCACCACCUCCACCGUGGCUGGAGUCCAGACUACAGGAGCUGCAGACCCUCAUAGCCCACAUCAGUGCAGCCAGACUCACCAGCUAACAGCUCCAGACUGUUCCCACUCAGUAUUUACAGCUUGAUCCGUUUGUGGACAUCCAGAGAAAACAGCUUCUCCUCUUUUUAAAUCUGUCAUUCUUGAGUCAUGAUAGCAUUUAUUAAACUUCAUUGAUUACCAA